GAAAAACUGCUGCAGUCAUGGACUUGCGCUCAGAACUGCUCAAGUCCAUUUGGUACGCUUUCACUGCUCUAGAUGUGGAGAAGAGUGGAAAGGUGUCCAAGUCUCAACUCAAGGUCUUGUCUCAUAAUCUUUACACGGUUCUGUGUAUCCCACACGACCCAGCGGCUCUCGAGGAACACUUCAGAGACGAUGACGACGGUCCGGUGUCCAGCCAGGGAUACAUGCCCUACCUCAACAAAUACAUCCUGGACAAGGUGGUGGAAGGCACGUUCGUCAAAGAAAAUGUGGAUGAGCUCUGCUGGACUCUUACUGCCAAGAAGAACUAUCGACCAGAGGGAAAGUGCGUUUUACCUGGAAAAGACGCCUUCCGGCUCUGGUGUCUGUUCAUAUUUCUCUCGGAGGACAGAUAUCCUCUGGUCAUAAUCCCUGAUGAGGUUGAAUAUUUACUGAAGAAGUUAUGCAUGGCUAUGAGCGUUGAGCUGAACUGUGUUGAACUGGAAGACUUCAUUUCCCAAGAUUCUGUUCAGCAGAACGGCUUCAUUGUAUGGGCGUUUCUGGAGAUGAUGAAUUCUGGGAGACUAACGAGGGGCAUUGCCAAAGAAACCAUCAGUAUGGCGAUAGAGGAGGUGUACCGGGAAAUAGUGGGUGAUGUGUUGAAAGAGGGAUAUCUGUGGAAGAAAGGUCAGUUGAGGAGAAACUGGAUUGAGCGUUGGUUCACCCUGAGACCCAGCACUUUAAUUUACUUCACUAGCGAGGACCGCAAAGACCGCAAAGGCAACAUUCAACUAGAUGGAAACUGCUGUGUAGAGGUUCUUCCUGACAGAGAUGGGAAGAGGUGUAUGUUCUGUCUGAAGACGCUCACCAAGACCUAUGAACUCAGUGCAUCUGACACCAAACAGAGGCAGGAGUGGACUACAGCUAUCCAAACAGCCAUCCGGCUGCAUGUGGAGGGUAAAACUUCUCUUCAUAAGGACCUAAAGCUGAAACGGCGUGAGCAGCGAGAACAGAGAGAGAAGAGGCGGGAGGCAAAGGAGCAGGAGCUGCAGCGCUUACGGGCUCUGCAGGAGGAGCGCGAGCGGAAGAUGGCAGAGCUGGAGCUGCUGAAGGAGGCGCAGAGGCAGGCGCAGGCACUGCUGGAGCAGGACGAAGUCCGCAGACGACAGCAACAUGAACAACUCCAGCAGGCCCUGGAGAUCCAGCUCAAAGAGGCUGAAGAGGCGCGGGCGAGCAUGCAGGCUGAGAUGGCACUGAAGGAGGCUGAGGCUGAGAGACAGAGAAAAAGAAUCAAAGAACUGGAGGCCUUGCAGCAGCGGCUAGAGGAGGCAUUACAACAGGAAAUCAAAGCCAGGCAGGACGAAGAGGCCUUCCGCUAUGCACAGGCUCGGCUACUGGCUGAGGAAGAGGAGAAGAUGAAGGCCCUUAUGUCUCUCCGUGAGGAGCAGGAGGAAUAUAUCCAGCGUGCCCAGCGGGAGAAACAAGAGCUCAAACAGGAAAUGGAAAGUAAGUCUCGAGCUCUGGGGGAGGCACAGAUGCAGCUGGAGGAGGUCAGAGCCAAUCGCCACCGAGUGGACCAGGAUGUGGUGGCUGCUCAAAGGAAGCUUCGUCAGGCCAGCACCAAUGUUAAACACUGGAAUGUUCAAAUGAACCGAUUAAUGCAUCCUAUUGGACCAGGAGAAAAACGGCCCUCAGGAAGCGGAUCUUUUUCCAGCUUUCGCAUUCCUUCGCAGAAGGAUCCAGGACUAUGUUUGAGGCAGAAAUCAGAUGAGCAGGAUGAGGAAAGCAAAGAAAACAUGGAAAGCAGAGGAGGGUGUGAAUCUGACCGGCGUUUGUCUACAAAUGGAGAUAUGGAAAUACCUUAACCUCAGAAGAAAAAUAAAAUCUCUCUUCCUCAAUGUUAAGACUGAUUUGAAUGAAGGAAAGUUAUUUUUGCUAGAUGCCAAGACCUCAUGACAUUAAAAAAAGGAUACUUUUUCAUAUUGUCAGUGUUUGUUAAUAGCUUGUUAUUAAAUAAUAAUGUUUUGUACACUUCACACUGUUUGAAAAGUAUUGUACUGUAGUUGUUAAAUAUCUAAUUGACUCCUAAGUU